UUCCUUCUCCUUCUCCGGCGACUCUUCUCUCUCUCUCUCUCAGCGCUUUUUAGCUGAUCUUCUCGCCGGCAUUUCUCUCUCUUUUUUUGUAAAGAAAAAGUUAUGGCGAAACCUGCGUCCGUAGCUGCUCUGUUACUGCUGCUUCUCUGCUUUCCGGUAGCUUUCUCCGGCCAUGAUUACGGUCAAGCUCUUUCCAAGAGUCUUCUCUUCUUCGAAGCUCAGAGAUCUGGUGUCCUCCCUCGCAACCAGAGAGUCACUUGGCGUUCUCACUCCGGUCUCUCCGACGGCAAAUCAAGCGGCGUUAAUUUAGUUGGAGGUUACUACGACGCCGGAGACAAUGUGAAAUUCGGACUUCCGAUGGCGUUCACGGUGACGAUGAUGGCGUGGAGUGUGAUUGAGUACGGGAGUCAGUUACAAGCCAACGGCGAGCUUGGGAACUCCAUUGACGCCAUUAAAUGGGGUACUGAUUACUUCAUCAAAGCCCAUCCUGAGCCCAACGUCCUUUACGGCGAGGUGGGAGAUGGCAACACCGACCAUUACUGUUGGCAGAGACCGGAAGAAAUGACGACGGACCGGAAAGCGUACAGGAUAGAUCCGAGUAAUCCCGGGUCGGAUCUAGCCGGAGAAACAGCCGCCGCCAUGGCCGCAGCAUCCAUUGUAUUCCGCCGAUCUAACCCUGUUUACGCUAGGCUACUACUCACCCACGCCUAUCAGUUGUUUGAUUUCGCCGACAAAUACAGAGGCAAAUACGACAGCAGUAUCACCGUUGCCCAGAAAUACUACCGAUCCGUCAGUGGUUACAAUGACGAGUUAUUGUGGGCAGCUGCGUGGCUAUACCAGGCUUCAAACAAUCAGUUCUACUUGGACUACUUGGGUCGCAACGGUGACGCCAUGGGUGGAACCGGUUGGUCCAUGACUGAGUUCGGUUGGGACGUCAAGUACGCUGGUGUUCAAACCCUUGUUGCCAAGUUUUUGAUGCAAGGCAAAGCAGGACGUCACGCACCUGUGUUCAGGAGGUUUAAGGAUAAAGCUGAUUUCUUUAUGUGUUCGUUGUUGGGUAAAGGCUCGAGGAACAUUCAGAAGACUCCAGGUGGUUUGAUUUUCAGACAACGUUGGAACAAUAUGCAGUUUGUCACAAGUGCUUCCUUCUUGACCACUGUUUACUCUGAUUACCUUACUUCUUCUCGAAGCAACUUGAGAUGUUCCUCCGGAAAUGUCGCUCCUUCGCAGCUUCUUUCCUUUGCUAAAUCUCAGGUUGAUUAUAUUCUUGGAGAUAACCCAAGGGCGACCAGCUACAUGGUUGGUUAUGGUAACAAUUUCCCUCAGAGAGUCCACCACAGAGGCUCCUCCAUUGUCUCUGUCAAGGUCGACCGCACAUUUGUCACAUGCCGAGGUGGAUAUGCCACCUGGUUCAGCCGUAAAGGCAGUGACCCGAACCUGCUCACUGGUGCUAUUGUCGGAGGUCCUGAUGCUUACGACAAUUUCGCUGACAGGAGAGAUAACUAUGAGCAGACUGAGCCUGCUACUUACAACAAUGCACCUCUCCUUGGUGUUCUUGCUCGUCUCAGCAGUGGUCAUUCCGGUUACAGCCAAUUUCUUCCAGCGGUUCCUGCUCCUGUUGUCCGAAGACCAAUGCCUAUUCGUAAACCAAGAGUGACUACUCCAGUCCGAGCUUCUGGUCCAGUGGCUAUUGUUCAGAAGGUAACUGGUUCGUGGGUCUCAAAGGGGAGGACUUACUACAGAUACUCAACAACUGUGAUUAACAAAUCUGCUAGACCUCUGAAAAGUCUCAACCUUUCGAUCAAGAAUCUCUAUGGACCAAUCUGGGGACUCUCAAGAUCAGGCAAUUCGUUCGGUUUACCCUCUUGGAUGCACUCAUUGCCAUCCGGAAAAUCCCUAGAGUUCGUCUACAUUCACUCAACAACACCCGCGAAUGUCGCAGUAUCAAGCUACACUUUGGCUUGACCAAACAACAAUAUCAAAACAAAAAUCAGUGUGUAUAGGUCGUGAGCAGAAGAAGAAGAAGAAAGUCUUUGGUUUUUCCCCUCUGGUUCGUCAAGAACAUUGAAAGGUUUCGUCUUUUAUCUUCAUUUUUACUUUUGGGUUUCUCUGGUGAAUAUAAAAGUGUUGAAGAAGGGUUGAAGAAAGGUGUGAAGAGACAGUGAAGACUCUUCAAAAAAUUAAAGAAGAGUGAAAAGUGCUCAUCCUCUUUCUCCUCCAAGUUCAAUGCUUUAAAAAAAAUUCAUAUAUAAAUAUUUAUAUAUAUAGUGAAAGAGAGAGAUAGUGUUUGUGAGAUCUUCCUUCUCUUACAGAAAAGGGGUCUUGUGAGAUAUUGCAAGGAUUGGUUUUUUCAUUCCUUGUAGCUCCAAAAAAAAAAUGUCUUUGUCCUUUUGUGUUUUUAUCUUUCUUAGUGGGUCUACUGGCAGUUGUAAAACUCAACAACAGUCCUUAAUGAAAUGUGAUUUGGUCGCUA